AAAGAAGAGAAGCACGGGGACAGCUAUGAGAAGGACUACCUCACAGACCUCAUAACCAACAGGUCCCUUCACUUCCUGGACGACAGAAGUCCUCAGCAUCCGUUCUUCAUCAUGCUGUCUCCACCGGCUCCUCACUCCCCGUGGACUGCGGCGCCGCAGUACCAGAAGGAGUUCAGCACGGUGAAGGCUCCUCGUGACGGGAGCUUUGACAAACCGGGGAAGGACAAACACUGGCUGCUGCGUCAGCCCGUCAACCCCAUGCCAAACAGCUCCGUCACCUUCCUGGAUGAUGCCUUCAGGAAAAGGUGGCAGACGCUGCUCUCUGUGGACGACAUGGUGGAGAAGCUGGUGAAGAAACUUGAGAGUAUAAAGGAGUUGGACAACACCUACAUCAUCUACACGUCUGACAACGGAUACCACACAGGUCAGUUCUCUCUGCCCAUCGAUAAAAGGCAGCUGUACGAAUUCGACAUCAGGAUCCCGCUCAUGGUCCGGGGUCCAGGCAUCAAACCGAACCAGACCCUGAAGGCUCUGGUCUUAAACAUCGACCUGGCUCCCACCAUACUGGACAUUUCUGGAGCCAACCUGUCCACCGUGAACGUGGACGGCCAGUCCUUCCUCGCCCAGAUGGCUCCGUCUCUACGUAACGGCACGGCUCGGCCUUUCUUCCUCGUGGAAUACACCGGAGAGGGACAUCCAGAGACCGAUCCUUUCUGUCCCAAACUCGGUCCUGGUCUUUCUCAAUGUUUCCCGAACUGUGUGUGUGAGGACGCCUACAACAACACGUACGCCUGCGUCAGGACCCUGGACAAAGAUCAAAACCUGCAGUACUGCGAGUUCGCAGACAGCGAGUCGUUUGUGGAGGUCUAUAAUCUGACAUCGGACCCCCAUCAGCUGGAGAACAUCGUGAAGAAGGUGGACCCGGCCAUCCUGCAGGCCAUGAACCAGCGGCUCAUUAAACUGCAGUCCUGUGAGGGCGACAGCUGCCGGGACCUCAAGUAACAAACUGAAACACAGACUCAGUCACUUCUCUCAGAGAAAGGAAGGGUUCGUUUGUUUGACUGUUUAUUAAAAAUGUCUCAAACCGUCAGAUGAAGACGAGUCUCCAGAGGAAAGGGACUGGAUUCUGUUUAGCUGCUUCAGUUUCAGGGUCCUGGUUUUGUGCAUGCUGGUUCACUGUCACAUCAUCAUGGUUUACUGGGACGCUUGAACAGAACACGGCCGUCACGUCAGGAACAAGUUUGACUUUAUAAAAAUGUCUUUCAUUCAGAGUCUGAUGAGAUAACCAACCCCACUCAUAUCUGUCUGUUUCAUAUCUAGCUAAAGCAUUGACGCGGUUAGCUUAGCUUAGCAUGAACACCUGUUGCUGAUCUUCCUUUGUUGUCUUAUAGUUUAAAGUUUAGAAAUAGUUAUCAAGUUUUUCACAUAUUUAAAGGAGAGGUUUGAUACCACUAGCUUAUCUGUAUGCUAAAUAUGUAGCUUUUGCUUGAGAUUGUUUUAGCUAACAUUAGCUUAAAGAAGGUUUCUGUUGUGCUAACUUCUGCUGCUCAUUGUCGAUGACUUACUGAAGGAAUAAUUCGACUUUUCUUUUACUGAUUUAAUUUCUCGCUCACGACAUAUUCAACUGUUAGCGACUGCAUGGAGGCAGUUAGCUUGAACUGUCACCUGUGCUUGUUUGCAUCCAGGUGGUAGAGCUUUAACCAGAGCGACAGCCCCGCCUAGUGGAGGGAGGGUGAACUACAGCUUAGACACAACAUAGGAUCGACAUUUCAGGCCUAUAGUCGACUAUACGUGCACAUCUUUGGUGUUGAUCAGGGAUUAGUCCCUGACCCCUUGACCCCUUUAAGAAAGAUGGUGUCGUUUCAAACUGGCUUCUCUACAAGGAACAGGGAUAACAUUUCAAGAUUUGAUAAGCAAGCUAGCUGUUUCCUUCUGUUUUCAGUCUUUAUGCUAACUUAAGUUUUAUCUUUUUCUUUCUUUUUGUCUUUUAUGCUUUUUACUGAUACAAUAUAUUCCUGCUAGGCUACGCUAAGCUAAGCUAAGCUAAGUUAAGUGUGGCCUGGUUAUAACUUCAUAUGAAACAGAACAGACAUGAGAGUGGGAUCAAUGUCCUAUAAAUAAACUCCUCUGCCAGAGAAGGGAUGUUUUUAAAGGGUAUUUCCAAAAACGUCAAACUUGUUCCCGCCUCGUGUCGCUCGUACGUUUCCUGCCGUGAGAAGUCAAAAUGUCUACUGUGAAAAAUAUCUAAUUUUCUGAGCUGUGCUCAAACGUCUCUCACUCUCUGGAGACUUUACUUUCUUAAACUGCUUUCUUGAUUCCCUUUGAGCAGAUUGGUCUCUAAGAUUCUGCAUGAUUCAGACUUCUUUAAGGGCCUGUGUCCACUGGCAGCUUCUUUGGGACUGGCAGCGCCUGCAACAUUUACAUGCCCUGUCAGCUGUUUUGGGUUGCUGCGCUCUUUCAUAGCACUUCUUUCUAACUGACCAAUCAAAAUGAAGAGAUGAGGUGACUUUGGAUGUUACCUUUCUCACAACAAUACAGAGAAAGUAACCUGACCGGUUUUCUUGAGGGGUUAGUUUUCAGGUGAAGCCGCUGCUAAUUCCAGGACUCAUUCCCUUCAGCUGUUUUUACAUUUUUUUCCUGAAAUGUCCUCAAAUAAAUAACACCUGAAGCGAACAUUACGUGAGACAACUUUUAUGAUCUAGCAGCAGAAGAGGCACCCUGAAAAUGUUAGUGGACACAGGCCCUUAAGGUCACUUUCCCUCUACAAUCCUGAAACAUCUGAACAUUUUAUGAGCUAUAUAAACACAAAAUGUUGACGUCAUUUGUUUGUAUGAAUCCAAAAGUUUGCUGGUACACUGUUGCUGUAAUUUAAGCCGUCAUCUGGACAGGAAGUGUUUCAAAUAUGGAGGGAAAUCUACAAAAUCUACUGACCAGCAUUUCUGGUGCCAAAAAACUGAAGAAUAACAGUGAUAACUAAUCGCUUUAUUGAGGCUAACUGUGAGUUUGGGAUCAUUUCUUGCCCCCUUGUGAGUCUUUCAGUCUUCAUUCUGAGCUCAUUCAGCCAAAUAGUGUCUGGUUUAGUAUAUUUGUUGUUCAGAUUAGCCUCCAACCUCUCCCCUGACUCCCCUGAAGGUUAAACUAUCUCUUGAAGAUGCACCAGCUCUGUCUUACCUUCGUCUAAUGAAAGCAGUUCAAAACGUAAAGUCUCUUUUGAAUGAUCUCCAUCUCACGUCUCCGUCUGUGCCACAGUUUUAACCCUGAUGUGUCUUUUACUCUGACGAUGUGUGAAGAAGGCUUUUUGUUUUUAAAGAUGGAUGAAAUGUGCUGAAACUUCUGAGACGUGUUAUUUUCUUUACGUUGUCGGGGAUCCAUUAAGGGAAACGUCACACCAAAUGAACGCUUUAAUCCUGUGUGCCUUGUUUUUGCACUGACCGGGCUCGUGUGCCUUUUUUAAAUGUGAAUGUAUUUUUGCACUGUGAUGGAAAUGAUUAAAAUCUAAAGAAGCAUUAUAA